UCGUGAUAUGCCUCCCGGUUUGCCUUCUCUACCGUCUCAGUCAACUUUGCGUUCCAGGCCAAUUCAGACACGCAUGCUUUUAUUUUUUUAAACUGAAAAUAUUUUUGAAAAAGGAGAUUUUAUGGUUAAACAAAAAGAAAAUUCUGCCAGUGAAUUAGUGAACCAUGAAAAAGCAAAACUGAUCGUUAAAACAUUUGCGUCUUGUUACUCGUUAAACAAUUACCUCGUCAAGCAUCAAACGGUUUCGACGUUAUCACCAUGGAUGUUGCCAACUCGUCUUCAAAAAUGGAUAAAUACUGGGUUGAUUCGCCGAACCAGUGCCAUUACGACCGGAAUUUGAAUUUUGCUGCCAUCGGAAGUGAAGACGAAGAGGCAUAUUCUAAUUUCUCGAAAAAGACCAAAUCGGCUCGUGAUCCCCAAUCGCAUCGAAUCAUCGAGAAACGAAGGCGCGACCGGAUGAACAACUGCUUGGCCGACUUAUCGCGUCUCCUGCCAGCCGCUUACAUGAAGAAGGGACGCGGCAGGAUCGAAAAGACGGAAAUCAUCGAAAUGACCAUCAAACACAUGAAGCAUUUACAGGUUCACGCCUGCAAAGAAAUGGAAACGUGCGAGAUCGCCGUGCAGAUGGAACAGCUGCAUAGCAACACCAAAUCGGAUCAAUACCGAUCGGGUUUCCUUGAAUGCAUCACUGAGACGGUUCAGUUUAUAGGUCAUCAUCAGGCAGAUCAUCACGGACCCUUUUAUCCUGGAGAUGAUUUCGGCAGCCGAUUGGUUGCCCAUCUGCACAACCACUAUGAGAAAAUCAGUCGUGGGGAAGGAACGAGUUCAGAAACUGGCGAAUAUUCAAACGGAGUAACCGCUGUGACCUUAGUGGCAAGGACCGGUCACCCGAACGGUGCAGGACCGCCGGUCACCGAUGGAGAAGAUUUGGUCAACAAAUCACCUUUAGUCAGCGGCACGACACCUCAGGGCGUUCAAGAUCAAUUCAAGUCGUCCAACGACAACACAGAAACCGACAAGAUGAAGGAUGAUCGAGUUCAAGGCAUGUUUAGUUACAUGAAUAGUGGCAGUGCUUCUACCGAAAAUCACCGUCAACAGCAUCAACCACCACAACAUUCCAACGACAACAGACCGACACGAACAUCUUCGGGAUCUGGUGGUGAUAGCGACGAAUCACGGUCAAACAGAGCUACACGUAAUUCAGACACACCAUCGCCCGUCAAUCCAACAACAGAUGGAUCAUCCCCUACCGACAUGGACAAUUCUAGUCACAGUGGAGGAUCUAAUCAUUCCUCUUCGAGGUCUGGAACAUCUUCCCAAUUACGUCAAAUGCUGUUAUCCAGUAACAGCGAAUCGAGCCGAACAAAAAGUUGUUCAUCAUCUAGCCAAUGCAGCAGUAGAAGCAACACCACUCAGCAUAGUAGCGCUGACGAUUCCAACAGCAUGUACAAGAAAUUCAAAACAAAUAUUCAUCAGAGAUUUACCGCCGAUCUGGAGCACGUCUUUCCACAAUCAAGCUGCGUGAUGACACCUUCUUCCGGCUCUUCAGCGAGUAACAGUCUUCCUGAACAACAGACGCAACAACCUAGCCACCAUUCUUUAACAGAACGAACCUUUGAACAAUUUAACGGCCUCAAAAGAAAAAAGUCAGACGGAGAUAUUCACCGGCACGGUAACUCAAGAUAUGGUUGGAAUGGCGACAUACCUCCUCCACCUCCACCAUCAUCUCCGACGACAAGAAAUCAAAGGCUUCAUUCUGGAGAAUUGGACGAUACCUACACCAUCGAUCACACAUCAAUGCAACAAGAACAACAACAAUCGGCGAGUUUACAAAUAAUCCAACCAGCUGAAAACGUCCCUAUUUUUGCACUGCAUCCAAAAGGUGCAUUUUACGUUCCCAUGAGCGUCGAACUGUCACUUGUGAGAGCUCUUUUCAAUCCACCAUCUUCAUCCAACAACGCCCAACCUUUGCUUCAUCCAGUUACCAUCAGCGUCAAUUUCGGCCAUCCGUCGAGGGUCUUGACUGCUGCCUCUGUAGCCGACACAGUGGUAUCUGUACAACAGCAUUCUUCAGUUAUCCAGUCACCUGCUAAAAUAACAAAACCAGAGCCCACCCUUUUACCCGGAUUAGUUCCAGUGCCACAAAUCGUCCAUCACCAAAGGCAUCCAAAUCCACAUCAUCAACAAUAUGACAUGGAUCCAUUUGGCACCAAUUUUAGUCCAUUACCUCUCGCAGAUGAUAGUAGUUUACGCGUCAAUAGUAGAGAACAUGGCAGCCGUUCGUCAUUGGCGAGGCACCAUGACGAGCAGCCUAAAAUGUUCCGUCCACCACAGCGAGAAGAAAGUAGCGGAUACACCCACGGAUCCGAAAGCCGUACAACCAGAGAAUACCCCAUCAUCAGGUCGUCACGUGAACACGGUAGCCGCUCGCCAGCAGUAAUCACGACCACGGCGACUCAUUCCUCCCGUUGGUCCCAUCUAAUGGCCAAACGCACUCACACCCCGUGAGAGGCUUUCAUAAACAGCUUAUUGUCAAAUGCCCCAACUACCCCAGUUUUUAAGAUAAUAAAAUUGAGAAACAUUAAAAAAAUCAGAUACACCAACAAUUACACAUGCAAGUAAAGGGAAAGAAAAUGUUUAAAUAAGGCAAAUACCUAUAUACGUAUAUGUAUAAAUAUAUAUAUAAUAUAUCAAAACUGGUUUCUUCGUGUAUCUCCAAAUUGUUUUUGUUGUCCCUAUAUUUGUUUGAAAUUCUGAAUACGCAAUUCUCAUGUUAUUUUCUUAAGAAAAAAACAAACACUCGCCAUUUCGCAGCCAUGUUUUUCAUCCAGCGCAAUAAUUCACAUAUGUUGCUGUGGAAAUGAAUUUCGAAACGUUUGCGUCACGAUGUGAUCAAACGUCAGUCAAAUCAUUGGAAUACAUUUUAUCGAUCCGUA